GAGGAGAACAUAACAUAUCUGACAGAGAUAAGGCAAAUUCUUUGGACCAACAGGAAGCCAGUGGCACCUGUCAAUCAAGUCUGGCCGAACCUGUACAUUGGAGAUGAGUCUGUGGCGUCAGUUUCCUACUUUGACAAUUCUGGUAAAACAAAUUAUUUCGUCAAAGUGUAUAUACAGUACUUAUCCAUGUAUCUUCCAGGAAAGGUGUUUGUGCACUGUGCCAUGGGUGUCAGCCGCUCUGGUCAUCUGAUCUGCCAUGGCCUGUCUUCAGCGGAGGCCAUCAUCGCUGUGCGUCUGAACCGGGACAUUGGACCCAACUCUGGAUUUCUGGCGCAGCUGGAGCUGAGCGUCAGUUUGCAGAGCCGACAGAUCACAGAGGAGCGCGCUGACACAUCAUGA